AUGGCCGCGUCCACCCUGUCCGUCUGCUCCGGCGACCUGAGCUAUGGCAGCCGCGUCUGCCUGCCCGGGGCCUCGGACUCCUGCCCCGACUCCUCCUGGCAGGUGGACGACUGCCCAGAGAGCUGCUGCGAGCCCCCGUGCUGCGCCCCGGCCCCCUGCCUGACCCUCCUGUGCGGCCCCUCCUCCCCCUGCCAGGGAGACUGCUGCACCCCUGCGUGCUGCAAACCCGUAUGCUGCACCCCUGUCUGCUGCAAGCCCGUCUGCUGCACCCCUGUGUGCUGCGAGGACUCCCCCUGCUCAGUCCCCUCCUGUUGCCAGCCCAGCCCCUGCUGCAGACCCUCCUCCAGUGUAUCCCUGCUCUGCCGCCCCGUGUGCAGGCCCGCCUGCUGCACCCCUGUCUGCUGCAAACCCGUGUGCUGCACCCCUGUGUGCUGCGAGGACUCCCCCUGCUCAGCCCCCUCCUGCUGCCAGCCCAGCCCCUGCUGCAGACCCUCCUCCAGUGUAUCCCUGCUCUGCCGCCCCGUGUGCAGGCGCGCCUGCUGCACCCCUGUCUGCUGCAAACCCGUCUGCUGCACCCCUGUGUGCUGCGAGGACUCCCCCUGCUCAGCCCCCUCCUGCUGCCAGCCCAGCCCCUGCUGCAGACCCUCCUCCUGCGUGUCCCUGCUCUGCCGCCCCGUGUGCAGGCCCGUCUGCUGCACCCCUGUCUGCUGCAAGUCUGUCUGCUGCACCCCUGUGUGCUGCAAGCCCGUGUGCUGCACCCCUGUGUGCUGCGAGGACUCCCCCUGCUCAGGCCCCUCCUGCUGCCAGCCCAGCCCCUGCUGCAGACCCUCCUCCAGUGUAUCCCUGCUCUGCCGCCCCGUGUGCCCCCGCCCCGCCUGCUGCGCCCCUGCCUCCUCCUGCUGCCGCCCGGCCUCCUGUGUGUCCCUGCUCUGCCGCCCCACGUGCCCCCGCCCUGCCUGCUGCGGCCCCGCCUCAGGCCAGUGCUGCUGCUGA